CGUAUCUAUAUCUAUAUACAUAGAUACACACGCUAUUUGGUGGUUGCUGCUUUUACCCCUUUUAGGGUUUCUGUUUCAGGAUCACUGAUUCUUUCCAAUGGCAUUGUUACGGAAAUUGUUUUAUAAGAAACCGCCUGAUGGACUUCUCGAGAUUUCCGAGAGAGUCUAUGUUUUCGAUUGCUGUUUUACUGCCAAUGCAUGGGAACAAGAAAAUUAUAAAAGCUAUGUGGGAAACACUGUUGGUCAGCUUAAGGACUAUUACCCCGAUGCUUCGAUCCUGAUAUUUAAUUUUCACAAGGGAGAAUCAAGCCAAAUUGCCUCUGCUUUGGCCGACUAUGACAUGACCAUUAUGGACUAUCCUCGGCAAUAUGAAGAUUGCCCAUUGCUUGCAAUGGAGGUUAUCCACCAUUUCCUAAGAUCAAGUGAAAGCUGGCUCUCGCUUGGGCAGCAAAAUAUUCUUCUGAUGCACUGUGAACAGGGUGGUUGGCCAGUUUUGGCUUUCAUGCUGGCUGCACUCUUGAUUUACCGAAAGCAUUACACUCGGGAAGACAAGACCCUGGACAUGGUGUAUAAGCAAGCUCCUCGUGAACUGUUACACUUCUUUUCGCCACUGAAUCCUCUACCUUCUCAGCUGAGGUACUUACAGUAUGUAUCAAGGAGGAAUGUGGCUACAGAAUGGCCACCACUGGACAGGGCACUCACUUUGGAUUGUGUGAUUAUCCGGAUGAUUCCUGACUUUGAUGGAAGUGGUGGUUGCUGCCCUAUUUUCAGGAUCUAUGGACAAGAUCCUUUCUUUCCUGGUGAUAAAACUCCCAAACUUCUGUUCUCAACCCCAAAGAGGAGCAAAUAUGUCCGACGCUACAAACAGGCAGAAUCUGAACUGGUUAAAAUUGAUAUCAAUUGUCAUGUUCAAGGUGACAUUGUGCUGGAGUGUAUCAGCUUACAUGAUGAUCUGGAUCAUGAAAAGGUGAUGUAUCGUGCUGUGUUCAACACAGCAUUUAUCAGGUCAAAUAUUUUGAUGCUCAAUCGUGAUGAAAUCGACAUACUAUGGGAUGCUAAGGAACUAUUUCUCGAGGACUUCAGGGCUGAGCUUCUUUUCUCCGACAUGGACGCUGCAGCUUCUACAAUUCCAGUAGAUUUGGCUUGUUUUGAGGAAGAGGGUCUCCCUAUAGAAGCAUUUGCUAAAGUUCAAGAGAUGUUUAGCAGUGUGGAUUGGCUAGCUCCUAAAAGUGAUAUUGCGCUAAAUGUUCUCCAUCAGUUAGCUGCGUCUGAUAUUGUUCAAGAAAAAGUGGAGACCGGUUCUCGACGGUCUGUUGAAGCUAGAAAUUUACUUCAUUCGCAGACUCCUGAUGCAUACCAGGAUAAAGAAAGCACCACAUCAUUCAAAAAUAAGCCAAAGAGCACCUCAUAUAUGGUUAUGGAGGAACCCUCAUCUCCUGAUGCUGGUGGUCUUAAGGUUGAUGGCCAAAGACGUGAUGUGGAAAAACAGAAGCUAGUACCACCACUUCCACCAGAAUCACUGUCAUCACCACCACUGUCACCUUCACUUCCAGUUGAGAAGACAUCUGCUUUGCACCAAGAACCUUCAUCAUCUCCCCUUGUCGCAACUGACCAAAAAUCAGCUUCUUCACUAGUGUCUGGAACUAAACCUCCUAUGCCAACUCCUACUUCACCACGUCCAAGCGCUUCAAGUCCACCAUCUCUUCCUUCUAGUCAACCAUCCCAGGAAGUUACAGAUGUUAAGGUUAAACCUAGCCCAUCAUUAAAGGACACCGAGGAUACUAAGGUUGACCCUUCUCAACUUCGGCCUUCUACUACGACUCCUCCUUUGAAGGAGAAAAGAGGUUCUGUACUUGAACCUGCACGAUCUCCUUCAACAUGUAAUGUAACUGGGUCUCCAUUCCCCCCCUCCAUCCUCCAUCCUAGCCCAUUAAAAAAGGACAAAACAGAUGCUAAGGUUGAGCCUUCUCAAUCCUUAACUUCUCCUCCAACGGACCCUCAAACUCCUCCUUUGAAGGACAAAAGAGGUACCGUACUUGAACCUUCUCAAACCACAUCUCAUCCCCAGCCAUCUGCACCAGCUUCAUCUUUAGUGAAUGACAACCGUACCAGGAGCGGACCUCCCCAAGCCCCUCUUCUUCCUUCAACAUCUUUUAGAGAGGAUCAAGCUGUUAGAACUGAAACAACUUCAGCAGCACCAACAGCAUCUGUGAAAGACAGGCCUGUUACGAGAGCUGAUCCCUCUCCACCACCCCCACCUCCUCCUCCACCUCCUCCUGUAAGGGAUAAAAGAGUUGCAUCACCAGUUCCCUCACCACCACUACCACCUCCCCCAGCUCCUAAUUCCUCAUCCCUGCAUCUUGACACUGCAUCACAGAUUUCUUCAGGUCCACCACCGCCGCCUCCGCCUCCGCCAAUGUUUUCUGCUAAUGGAAAUGCGGCAGGUGUUAUCCCGCCCCCACCACCAUCUAUACCCAGAGCAGCCAAUGUUUCUGGAGUUCCUUCUCCUCCACCACCUUUAGUCAAGGGCCGUAGUUUGUCAAGGAUAGGUAAUUCGAAAAAUCAACAAUCCACGAAGCUGAAGCCUUUGCAUUGGUUAAAGCUAACACGAGCAGUACAAGGAAGCUUGUGGGCCGAGACACCAAAAUCUGGUGAAGCUGCAAAGGCGCCAGAGAUUGAUAUAUCAGAACUUGAGUCUCUCUUCUCAGCAUCAAACCCAAAAGCAGAGGCUGAAAAAUCAAAAUCUAAAGCAGCGGUAGCUAAUAAACCUGAGAAAGUACAACUGAUUGAUCACAGGAGGGCAUAUAACUGUGAAAUCAUGCUUUCAAAGGUCAAAAUACCAUUGAAUGAAUUGAUGGAUCAUGUCCUUGCUUUAGAAGACUCAGCCAUGGAUGCGGAUCAAGUGGACAAUCUCAUAAAGUUUUGUCCGACAAAGGAGGAAUUGGAGACGCUAAAGGGUUACAAAGGAGAGAAGGAUAAAUUGGGAAAAUGUGAACAGUUCUUCUUGGAGCUAAUGAAAGUUCCACGUACAGAGUCUAAGCUCAGAGUUUUCUCUUUUAAGUUACAGUUCAAUGCACAGGUUUCUGAUCUUAGGAAGAGCCUAAACAUUGUAAACUCGGCAGUAGAACAGACCAGGAGUUCUGGCAAAUUGAAGAGAAUUAUGCAAACAAUUCUUUCUCUGGGAAAUGCCUUGAACCAGGGCACUGCAAGGGGUUCUGCUGUUGGGUUCAGGUUGGAUAGCCUUCUGAAACUUACAGAGACACGUGCAAAGAACAAUAGAAUGACUCUCAUGCAUUAUCUUUGUAAGGUGCUUGCUGACAAACUACCUGAAGUCCUUGAUUUUUCCAAGGAUCUUGACAGUUUAGAACCUGCAUCAAAGAUGCAACUGAAAUUCUUGGCAGAGGAAAUGCAAGCUAUUAGCAAAGGAUUAGAGAAAGUUGUCCAGGAAUUGUCAUUGUCCGAAAAUGAUGGACCCGUGUCUGAAAAUUUCCGAAAGGCUCUGAAGGACUUCCUUCGUUCGGCAGAAGGUGAAGCAAGGUCCUUGGCCUCUUUGUAUACUAUCGUGGGUAAAAAUGUGGAUGCUUUAAUUCUUUACUUCGGCGAGGAUCCAGCCCGUUGCCCAUAUGAGCAAGUUGUUUCAACUUUGCUGAAGUUUGUUAGAAUGUUCAAUCAAGCAAAUGAGGAAAAUGCCAAGCUAUUAGAGGCGGAGAAGAAGAAGGCAGAGAAGGAAGCCUCAAAUGAAAAGAUGAAACAAAAAAAAAUCAUGGAAAUGAGGGUCGGUUCCGAGGUUGCUGCAUUGAAAAAAAGCCGAUGUAUGUGUUGGCCCUAUUGGUUGAUGAUGGGGGCCCGGUUCAAAUGAUGUAUAUUUGAAAUGUAAAGUAUAGUGCCAGAGCUUUUGCAGCAGUACACGGGGCUUGGGUUUUUUCAGCAACACAGGGCUCAGGUGUUCUUGUUGGAGAGUUGGAGCAAAAUUUGCAGGGUUGACAGCUUGUAAAUAUUCAGGAAAGUGGGUUGACUCCCUAGUGAAAGAUGUUUUUACCUCCUUAAAAGAGUGCAAGAGGAUGGGAUGGAGGAGAGAGAGAAAGAAAAAGGUGAAAGAAUCGUGAAAGUUUUAAUUUGACAUUAGUAGUUUAGUAAUUUAUCAAUCUUGUCUGUCUCCUUGGUUUUCUUUUACCUAUUUUGGUGGGAAUUUUUAUCUUGCUAGUGUCCUAGCCUAAUUGUCGUGCAAAAUAUGGGAUGCUGAGUUUUUUGUUUCGUUUUGUACUACAUACCAAAUGCAUUCAAUGUAACCGUAUGAACCAAUUUUUGACUCACCGAGUCGAUCCAUCAGCACAUAACACAAAAUUAUUGCUUUAUUGUAGUUCUAGGGCAGUAUGACUACUUCAACUCAUUUUAACUUGCUUGCAAGUGCUUUUGUCUUUUGGCCGUUUUUGUUGUCUUUAAGUUAAUCAUUUUUUCUAUAAAAGUAGUUAAUUGAUUUCGUGUUUGCCCUAAGGCCAAAGGGGGAAUUGCAUGUUCUAUUAGUCGAAUAGAAGCCGACCCACCUACGAGCCUACCUUGUUCAUAAAGAGUUCAAUUGAGGCCAAUAUGGUUUUGGAGACGUUCAUAUCUAUAAUUUGGUCAAUUUGGGUUAAAAGGAUAUAAAGAAUGAUUUUUCUAAACAUCAAAGGGUUGAAAAAGCUGGUCAAAACGAGCCUUGUAACUCUCUUAUUCAAAUGAUGAAGAGGAUACCACUUUACUUUACUUGCAAAUAAUUCAACAAGUGAGUCAUGAAAUACUAGAUCUUCGAAAACUACUAGUUUUCACAUAUCAAAUUCUGCAAGAAUAUAUGAAAUUUUACUAGAUUAUCAGAGAGAAGGGAGAUUCUGACAAUACUCUAUAUCUGAGUCUAGUUAUUAUAAGACUUCAACACGUCCUCUCCAACAUGGCUAGAUGGAUAGAGUUGUCCUCGAGUGUCAGGUCCAUAGAGUGAAACCUUUGUUAUAAUACUAUAUGAUGUGUGUGAGAUCCCAUUUAAUUACUCUUCUAAAAGAUCCCUUGAAAAAAGGAUCGUGGUUUCGACACAUAUUGAGGAGAAAUAAACCAAGUCAAGUCGAAGUAGAACUCUAAAUUGUCAAAAAGUGUUAAAAGAGGGAGAGUCAAAAAGGCACAAAUGGUUUCUUGACAAUA